CUACUAGAUGAAAAGUCUCCCUCGGAGAUCGACAGCGAGGCAGGGCGCGCAGACAACGACACGCGGUUCCCCUCGGGGCAGGAAUGGGCUCUCUUCAGCAGGCGAGUCGUCAGGGGCCUCGCCGUGCCGACUCGGAUGCCCUCCAAGUCCUGCUGUCGCGCGUUCGCCAUCCGCACGUUCCUGUUCCUCCUCCCCUCCUUUGUGGCCUCACGGCUCUCGCCUGGCGGUGCGGCGGCACAGACGGGACGGUUAAGCGCCACGGCCUAUCUGGACGGCAUGCGUGGGCUCGCCGCGUUCAUCGUCUUCUUCUGCCACUACAGCUACUCGUCCUUCGCCAUCGCGGACGGCUGGGGCUCCCACGAGGAGAACUACGACCUCUUCAAGCUGCCGUUCCUGCGCCUGGUGUGGGCGGGCCCGCCCAUGGUGGCCAUCUUCUUCAUCAUCUCGGGCUACGCGCUGUCCCUGAAGCCGCUGAAGCUGGCGCGGUCGCGGCGGUGGGCCGACUUCUCGACAGCCAUGACCUCGUUUGUGUUCCGGCGCGCGUUCCGCCUGUUCCUGCCCACCAUCCUCUCGACGCUCAUGGUCGUGGCGCUGCUGCGCGUGGGCGCGUACGAGUGGAACCGCGAAUGGAGCCACGACCGGGCGUACCACUGGAACGUGCAGGAGACGGCGCCGGAGCUGAUGGAGACGACCGAGGCGCAGCUGCGCGACUGGGGCUGGCACAUGUUCGACUUUGUGCACAUCUGGACCUGGGACAAGUACGGCGGCUCGACGUACUACGACGUGCACCUGUGGACCAUCCCGGUCGAGUUCCGCGCCAGCAUGAUGCUGUUCCUGACGCUCCUGGGCCUGGCCAGGCUGCGCACCGGGCUGCGGCUCGUCUUUCUCGCCGUCAUCAUGGCCUUUUGCUACCGCAGCGACCGCUGGGAGAUGGUGCUCUUCUACGUGGGCAUGCUGUACGCCGAGCUCGACAUCAUCCGCGGCGCCCACAGCGACCCGGCCACCACGGCCGCCCUGCCCACCAUGCACUCAGAGCCCAGGCCCCUGAUGGACUAUCUGCGCCGCCUCGCAUGGGCCCUGCUCGCGACCACCUCCCUCUACCUCCUCUCCCAGCCCGACGUGAACAGCGAGAACACGCCCGGCUGGGUCUACCUCAGCGCGCUGAUCCCAGAGUGGGUCGACGACAAGUACCGCUACUGGCAGUGCAUCGGCGCCGCCCUGUUCGUCUUUUGCACCGCGCGCAUGCCCACCCUGCAGCGCGUCUUCAACACCACCCCCGUGCAGUACCUGGGCCGCAUCAGCUACGCCAUCUACCUCAUGCACGGCCCUGUCCUGCACACGGUCGGCUACGGCAUCGAGAGGUGGGCCUGGGGCGUCACAGGCACCGAGGGCGCCGCCCACCACUGGGGGUUUUUCCUGGGCGCCGUCUUUAUCGUGCCUGGUGUGGUCUGGGCUGCUGAUGUGUUUUGGCGCGCUGUGGAUGCGCCUGUUGUGCGGUUUGCCAAGUGGCUGGAGUCGGUGUGUGUUGUGGCUGAGGAG